GUAAGUUAGAGUUCACCUGUCGCCAUUUUAAGCAGGUAAAAUACGAAUACGAGCGUCAAAGUGUUUAAUAAAAACGUUUAUCAGAGUUUAUGCAGGAAUUUCCGUGUAUCUUUAUGAUGUUAAAGCUGGAGGAUUUGAGAACCUGUAACUUGUGAAAGUUUGAUCAAGAGUCAGCGGAGAAGAUCAAACUCAUCAGAUUCUCCUGCAGCUUCAUCAUGGGUGAUUCACAAGGAUCCAGAGAUGGAGAUUUUUCUCCAGGAUGCAGUUCAGUCCAGCAGAAGAGCUCAAACCCAGAGUCCAGCUGUGUGUCUCUGAAGAGUAACAGGUCUAUGGGCGAGCCGCUAAAGUUUAAGAGUGGAAACACACAGCCUGAUAUCAGGUCAAAUCUUUUAUCCAGUCCAGUUAAAAACAAAACUGUGAAAAUGCCUGUAAUUCAAACGCAAGACUUUAAUGAAAGCAUGAAUCCUGGUUUCAGCCAUGACUCUAAACCUGAGGUCUUAAACACACUGAGAUCAAAUCUGAGAAAGAAGUUUGAGUGUUUGUAUGAGGGAAUAUCAAAGCAGGGAAACCCAACACUCCUGAAUGAGAUCUACACAGAGCUCUACAUCACAGAGAGUGAAAGUGGAGAGAUCAAUAAUGAGCAUGAGGUGAGACAGAUUGAGACACAGUUCAGGAGAGCAGAAACAGAGGACACACCGAUCAAAUGCAGUCACAUCUUUAGACCUUUACCUGGACAAGACAAACCCAUCAGAACUGUGCUGACAAAGGGAGUCGCUGGCAUUGGAAAAACAGUCUCUGUGCAGAAGUUCAUUCUGGACUGGGCUGAAGGGAAAGAGAAUCAGGACGUCCAGCUCAUAUUUCCACUUCCUUUCAGAGAGAUCAACAUGAUGAAGGACAAAACACUCAGUCUUUCAGAUCUUCUUCAUGUCUUUUUCCCUGAAACAAAAGAAAUGGAAAUAUCCAGUGAUCAGUAUAAAGUUUCCUUCAUCUUUGAUGGUCUGGAUGAGUGUCGUCUGUCUCUGGAUUUUCAGAGCGAUGUGAGGUUGUGUGAUGUGACUGAAUCAGCCUCAGUGGACGUCCUGCUGACGAACCUCAUUGUGGGGAAUCUGCUUCCCUCUGCUCUCAUCUGGAUCACCUCCAGACCAGCAGCAGCUGAUCUCGUCCCCUCUGAGUGUGUCCAUCGAGUGACAGAGGUACGAGGCUUCAGUGACCCACAGAAGCAGGAAUACUUCAGGAAGAGAAUCAGGGAUCGGAGUCUGUCCGACAGGAUCAUCUCACACCUGAAGUCAUCAAGGAGCCUCUUUAUUAUGUGUCACAUCCCAGUGUUCUGCUGGAUCUCAGCCGCUGUUCUGGAGAAGAUGUUGAGUGAAGCAGAGAGUGGAGAGAUUCCCAAGACUCUGACUCAAAUGUACACACACUUCCUGAUCCUUCAGACCAACAUCAAACAUGAGAAGGACUAUGAGAAGAAAGUGAAAGAUGAAGACAUGAUUGUCAAACUGGGGAAACUGGCAUUUCAGCAGCUUAAGAAAGGCAACCUGAUCUUCUAUGAGGAAGACCUGAGCGAGUGUGGCAUUGAUGAGACCGAAGCAUCAGUGUACUCAGGAUUGUGCACUCAGAUCUUCAGAGAGGAGUUGGGCUUGUAUCAGGGGAAAGUCUUCUGCUUUGUUCAUCUGAGCAUUCAGGAACAUCUAGCAGCUCUAUAUGUGCAUCUCUCCUUUAUAAACAAGAACAUCAAUGUGUUUGACCAGAUUACCAAACCAACUAAAGCUUCACUAUCUGACCUCCAUCAGAGAGCUGUGGAUGAGGCUUUAGACAGUAAAAAUGGGCAUCUGGACCUUUUCCUUCGUUUCCUUCUGGGUCUGUCAGUGAAGUUUAAUCAGAGUCUCUUACAAGAACUAAAGACACAGACAGGAAACAGAUCUCACAACAAUAAGAAAACAGUUCACUAUAUCAAAGAGAAGAUCAGUGAAAAUCCCUCUCCAGAUAAAUACAUCAAUCUGUUUCACUGUCUGAAUGAACUGGGUGAUCUUUCACUAGUGAAUGAAGCUCAACCUCGUAUGAUCCGUGGAGGAUUACGUGAUGUGAAACUCUCCUCAUCUCAGUGGUCAGCUUUAGUUUUUGUGUUGUUGAGCUCAGAGUGGACAAUGCAGGAGUUUCGCCUGAAAAACUUAAUUGGAGACAAAAAUGAUCCUGACGCAGUAAAUACAGGAGAUGAAGUUCUUCAGAAGAUGCUGCCUGUGGUUACAGCAACUAGAUCAGCUGGCCCUAGUGCAGUAAGAAGUGAAACAGCGCUCAUUCGAUACGAGCUCAUGGUUUCUGAGAGCGGUUCAGAGCGCAGUCAGCACACACACCUGGAACACAUAAAGCUGCUGCUCAUACAGAGCGUGAGUACUUACACCUGUUUCACACACACUCCGUCUGCAGUACGUAUGCGUUGCAGGAGCAGCAGGUGCAUAUUGCGCAUAUUUGAAGAUUGUGGUGUCACAGAUGAAGGUUGUGCUGCCCUGACUUCAGCUCUGAGAUCAAACCCCUCACACCUGAGAGAACUGAACCUUUCUAGGAAUGAUCUAGGAGACUCGGGAGUGAAGAUGAUUUCUGCUGUACUGGAGAAUCCUCACUGUAAACUGGAGACACUAGUUGUGUUUGUGAUGAUGUAUUGUGGUGUCACAGAUGAAGGUUGUGCUGCUCUGGCUUCAGCUCUGAGAUCAAACCCCUCACACCUGAGAGAACUGUAUCUGUCUGGGAAUAAACUAGGAGACUCGGGAGUGAAGCUGUUUUCUGCUGUACUGGAGAAUCCUCACUGUAAACUGGAGACACUAAUCUGCUCCUCAGAUUGUGGUGUCACAGAUGAAGGUUGUGCUGCUCUGGCUUCAGCUCUGAGAUCAAAUCCCUCACACCUGAGAAAACUGAGUCUGUCUGGGAAUAAAUUAGGAGACUCAGGAGUGAAGCUGAUUUCUGUUGUACUGGAGAAUCCUCACUGUAAACUGGAGUUUCUGAGGUAAGAUCAUCUCUAUCAUAAAGACUCAGAGUGAAUAAGGAUUAAUAUGUAGAUAUUUCAUACAAAAUAUCCUUUGGUGUAAACCCCAUCCGGCGGUUCAGUGACAGAUUCCUGCUUGAACCGUCAGAUCCUGCCGGCAGUAGAAGGAAGGAGUGAGGAGUCUACCUGAAAAAAAGAAAAUUUACAUCUAAAUAUAUUAUUAUCCUGCAAAAGAAACUAAAACUAACAGUUAAAUAAACCAAACAAACUAC